GAGAGAGAGGGAGAGGAGAGAGAGAGAGAGAGACAGAGAGAGGAGAGAGAGAGGGAGGAGAGAGAGGAGAGAUAGAGAGAGGAGAGAGAGAGGGAGGAGAGAGAGAGAGGAGCAUCCUUCAUCAGACUGAGAGGAGACGCCGGGACGGAAAUAAAGCAAAGAAGAAGACGACUGAUGGUUACAUGUGGGACGAGACACAGAGACAGACAGACUCAGAGACAGGCAGCAGGACGCUUUAACUGUCUGCCAUCUGGGCUUUUGUGAGCGUGUGUGUGUGUGUGUGUGUGUGUGUGUGUGUGUGUGUGUGUGUGUGUGUGUGUGUGUGUAGGUGUGUGUGAGGUAUCAACUGAUUGGACCACACAUGUUGGAGGGCGGAGCCAUGAUGGGCAAAGAUUACAUGUUGGCUAUCCUCAUAGUCAACUAUGACGACAACAUCUGGACAGACCAGAACCUGCAGCUGGACCCGGACCUGCCCUCGGGCUGGAGAACCAUUAAAGACUCAACAGGAACUUACUACUGGCACGUUCCCACCGGCACCACCCAGUGGCAACACCCCCGCCUCAGCGGGACGCCACAGCUGCUCGACAAGCCGCAGGAGGAGGCAGCACAGCAGAGCUCCAACAGAGAGACAGACGGAACAGCUGAGGGCAGGUCUUCGUGGCAUGAAGAUUAUCUCACUAACCACGACCCUGACUCCAAGUAUUUCGCGGUGCGUUCUCUGGGCUGGCUCGAGGUGGAGGAGGAGGACCUGUCUCCGGGUUGCAGCAGUCUCGCUGUCAGUAACGUCAUCCAGCAGCUGUCUCACUGCAGCAGCCCUGAGCAGAGAGACAGGCAAGGAGCCUGGGGGGAGGGUAGGGAGAUGAUGCUCGUUCUGAAGAAAGACACUCUGUCCCUGUUGGACCCUUUAGACCACACCCCCCUUCACUGUCAGCCAAUCAUCAACAUCCGAGUGUGGGGGGUGGGCUGCAACAACGGCAGGGACAGGGACUUUGCCUUCGUAGCGGGCGAUAAAGACAGCUGUGUGCUAAAGUGUCAUGUGUUUCGCUGCGACGCUCCGGCAAAAACCAUCGCCACGGCGCUGCACGAGAUGUGCUCCAAGAUGAUGUCGGACAAGACACUGAUGAGACCGUCUCGCUCUCUGACGAUGGACAGCAUCUCACCUGAAGACCUGCCCCGACAAGUGGAGUUUCUGGAGGCGGUGCGGCAGCAGGUGCAGAAGUUUGAGGUGCAGUACAUCGGUAACCUGCCAGUGUCCAGAGCGAUGGGUAUGGAGGUGUUGAACCGAGCGAUAGAAAGCAUCAUGAACUCCACGGACAGAGACGAGUGGGAGCCGACGGUGAUCCACAUCACAGAUAACAUCCUGUCUCUGUGGAGAGGAGAGGGGGAGGAGCCUCUGUGGGAGUGUCAGGUACGUUUUCUCACUUUUCUGGGCGUCGGCCAUGACUGUCACACCUUCGCGGUGAUCGUGGACGGCGGUACGCAGCGAUUCGAGUGUCACGUGUUCUGGUGCGAGCCGGACGCAGGAAAUCUGUCUGAGGCCGUCCAGGCGGCGUGUAUGGUCCAGUAUCAGAAGUGUCUGGUGGCUCAGACUCCUCCCCCGAGGUUGAAGUCGUGGCGUGCGGCCCCGUCCAAGGUCAAACGUGCCAACUCCAUGGACGCCUUCCCGCCUCUCACCUCUCGUCUCCACGGCAGCAGCAGCGGCUCCAUGAUGGCGGCGAGAAUUACGAAGGGCGGCGGUGUGAGGAAGGGGAUGCUGGCGUUCUUUGAAACUUUUCGUAAACAAGCCGCCACCUCCUAGUGAUGGGGGCGGGGCCACUGGAAACACUGGUCAGCAGGUCCCCCCCCUUCCCCUCGUCACAUGUGAACUGUCUGCUGGUCCGACUGGCUCAUCACCAGCGAUGCCCCGGAGACCAAAAAUAUACCUGUCGUAGGUUAGCUUAGCUUAGCGACAGCGUUGCCAGCUACAUAAACUCUCUAAACAGAUAUCUGCGUAUGAAUUCAGAGGAAGUGUUGGCAUAAAAAUAUUAGCUAACGUGAUGCUAACCUGGGUUUUCUGUGUUAGCGGACCCGACAGGAACACUUAACAACUACUGGACAGGUAAACACGGACACCUCAUCACCUCCUCCGUGAACAUUAUUAUAUUAUAAUACUCAGGAUGAUCGGCUUAUAAAUAAAUAUAUAAAAGAAGAAGAUAUUAAUGAUGUUGUGAAAUGGUCAUUUGAAUUAGCUGACCUUAGUUCCAAAGACUCGAACAUCAUCUGUACAACGUGACACUUUCCGGAGGAUUCACGAUUUAUCCAUAAACUUCCCUUAAACCGUCUGAAACUUAGCUAAGAAAUGUAUCCCGUCGUCUCCGCUUCAAGCUUCAUAUUUUGCAAAAUAUUAGAGCUGUAGUACACUGUCUGACCACCAGAGGGCAGAAUACUGACGUCAUGUCAAUAUUUACCGGUUUCUUCACCCUGUGGUCAUGUCACAUGGAACGACAGGCGUUACCAUGGUUACAGCUGAUCACAUCUGCGGAAGAGCCACUGUCAGAAAAUAAUAUCGGAGAUAAACACAAUAAAGUCAUAAUGUCGUGGAAGAAAGUCACAAUAAUUCAACAAAAAAAUGAUUGAAUGAGUAAGAAAUGUUUAAGACCUUUUUCUUGAAAUAUCAUAACUUUAAUUAUUUAAGUUUUUCUCAUAAAAUUAUGACUUUUUCUUAAUUGAAAUGAAGAAAAACUUGUUUCUGAAAUAUUUGUUCUGUUUUUCUCUACAUGUUUCUCUUGACAGUGUCCUCCGUACGUUCAUACAAACGUUAUUUAAAGCACUUUAGAUAACAAAUACAUUAAAUAAGUGAAAACCAUUAAAAUUAUAAGAACAGUGCAGCAUGUGUUUGAAUGCUGCAUUAAAGGAGCAGUCCGAUGUUUUUAACCUAAAGUGAAGAAACUUAUCUAAAGUCUGCUUUAGUGAAAGUCAGCGGCAGUUAGCAUGUCAGGCACAAAUCACAGCAUGGACGGUCAUUGAAGAAAAUAAUAUCUUGGAGAAAGAAACUUUAAUGUGACUGAAUGUACAGUUAUAAAUAAAUAUAUAGCAUAUAAAGUGACGCCUGGCAGUAGAUAGAAGCUUUAGUGUGUUUAUAAUCUAAAACGGUUUGGCACAAAACUAAUCAAUGAUGUCAUGUAGAAAUUAACCAAAAAUAAACUAAUAAAGAAAUUCUUCUUCAGUGUG